AUGAGGUUCUCCAUUAGAGAGUUUCGUAUGGUGACAGACUUGAAAUGCAGUGGAGAUUAUCAAGAGCCUGAAACAGAUGACCAAGAUUACCAAUGGGAUAUGUUGAAUAGAGGACACGCGUUGACUGAUUUGGAGAAGCAUCUUCGAAAGACGAAUGAGAAUGUAGCAGAUGAAGGGUUCUCUUUGGAAAUGUUGUUUCUCAUUGAGAGUAUUGUGUUGCAGAGAUACAAGAUUUACAAGUUCCCUUUUGAGAACAUCAAAAGAGCUCAAGAUAUCAAUGUUUUGAUGAAUUACCCAUGGGGACGAGAUGCAUACAAAUUGUUGUUAAAGUUUGUUAAGAGUAAUCUAAAAAAUAACGUGAAGAACAAGGAUAAGUAUGAUAUCCACGGGUUUCCAUGGGCGUUGCCAGUGGCGGAGGUAGCGUUUGGGGAGGGGGGUCACUUGACCCAUAUGAAUUUUUAUUAA